CUCUCUCUCUCUGUGUGUGCAGACAGCGGCAGUGUCCCGUGAUUUCUCCUGAUGGGCUGAACUUACACUGACCGAUCACACUGAGAUCUGAACUGAAAGCCCACGACCACCUCACUCAUCAGAAUCUCUGUGCAGUUUUCUGCCUCCUGGAUUCAGCCAUGCUGAGUGGGGGAUUGUGGUGUACGUUGGUUACCAUGGUGUUAUGGGGCGUCUGGUUGCCCUCCUGUCUUGGCCAGACCACCUCACCAUCUCAGGAUGGAAAAAUUAAGUUUCGUCUGGCCGGGUACCCCCGCAAGCACAAUGAAGGAAGAGUGGAAGUGCUUUACAACGGAGAGUGGGGCACUAUCUGCGAUGAUGACUUCACGUUGGCCAACGCUCAUGUUUUAUGCCGUCAUCUAGGGUUCGUGGAGGCAACCAGCUGGUCACACAGUGCCAAGUACGGAGCGGGCACGGGUAAAAUCUGGCUAGAUAAUGUCAUGUGUGGAGGAACUGAAAACAGCAUAGAGAAGUGUGUGUCCCGCGGUUGGGGGAACAGUGACUGCACUCAUCAGGAGGAUGCAGGAAUCGUCUGCAAGGAUGAGAGAAUUCCAGGUUUCGCAGACUCCAACAUCAUUGAGAUGCAGGUGGAUGAAAACAGGAUGGAGAAAAUUCAUCUGCGUCCUCUCUCCAAUGCCAGCCGCAUGCCCGUCACAGAGGGAGUGGUAGAGGUGAAGUUUAAGGAAGGAUGGGGCCACAUCUGCAACACUGGCUGGACCACCAAAAACUCUCGUGUAGCGUGUGGCAUGAUGGGGUUCCCUUCGCAGAGGACUAUGGGAAGAAUGCCAGACAGUAACCAGAGUGUGUACCGGAUUCACUCUGUGUCCUGCACAGGAAAUGAAGUUCAUCUGUCAGCAUGCACUAUGGAGUUCAGUAAGACAAACUCUAGCGCCCCCUGUCCUGGUGGAGGACCAGUCGCAGUCAGCUGUGUGCCAGGGCCCCUGUUCACACAGGGCAGAGCACGCAGAGUCAAGCUCAAUCCAAUGUCUAAGGUGCGUCUGAAGGGCGGGGCGAAAGCAGGUGAGGGUCGUGUGGAGGUGCUGAAGGGGAAUGAGUGGGGUACAGUGUGUGACGAUCGCUGGAACCUGCAGUCUGCCAGUGUGGUGUGUAGAGAGCUGGGCUUUGGCUCUGCUAAAGAGGCUAUGACUGGAGCACAAAUGGGCCAAGGCAUGGGCCCCAUCUACAUGAAUGAGGUUCAGUGCCGUGGAGAUGAGAAGAGCAUCUGGAACUGCCCACAUAAAAGCAUCACUGCUGAAGACUGCAAACACAUGGAGGACGCCUCUGUCAUCUGCAACAUGCCCUACAUGGGUUAUGAGAAAACGAUCCAUCUGACAGGGGGACGAACGAAGUUGGAGGGGAGGGUGGAGUUGCUGCUCUCUUCAGGCAGUGGGAUGAGGGAUUGGGGUUUGAUCUGUGGGGAUGGUUGGACUUCUCGAGAAGCCAUGGUAGUGUGCAGACAGCUCGGGCUGGGACAUGCCAGAAGUGGCUUGAGAGAAACGUGGUACUGGGACAGCAGUAAUGUGACGGAGAUGGUGCUGAGCGGGGUGAAAUGUAAGGGAGAUGAGAUGACCCUGACCGACUGUCAGCAUCAUUCUGUCGUCAGCUGCAAGAGAGCGGGAGCGCAGUUCUCCGCUGGUGUCAUCUGCUCAGACACGGCUUCUGACCUGGUCUUGAAUGCCCCAUUGGUGGAGCAGACUGUUUACAUUGAAGACCGACCUCUGCACAUGCUGUACUGCGCAGCGGAGGAGAAUUGUCUCGGCAAAUCUGCUGUUAAAGCCAACUGGCCGUACGGUCAUCGUCGCCUGCUGCGCUUCUCCUCCCAGAUCCACAACAUCGGCAGGGCUGACUUCUACCCACGUCUUGGCCGCCACUCCUGGGUGUGGCACGAAUGCCAUAGGCACUACCAUAGUAUGGACAUAUUCACAUAUUAUGACCUGCUGUCUCUAAAUGGGACUAAAGUGGCUGAUGGACAUAAAGCUAGCUUCUGCCUGGAGGACACACGCUGCCAUGAAGGUGUUUCAAAGCGAUAUGAGUGUGCUAACUUUGGUGAGCAGGGCAUCACAGUGGGCUGCUGGGACUUGUACCGACAUGAUAUUGACUGCCAGUGGAUUGACAUCACAGAUGUUAAGCCAGGAAACUACAUACUACAGGUCGUAAUAAACCCCAAUUUUGAGGUAGCUGAGAGCGACUUCACCAAUAACGCUAUGCGGUGCAACUGCAAAUACGAUGGCAACCGUGUCUGGUUGCAUCAAUGUCAUCUUGGUGAUUCGUUUAGUGAGGAGGCUGAGAAACAAUUCGAGCAGUAUCCUGGGCAGCUGAACAACAAGAUCUCAUAACAUUUUGCAAAGGAGAAAGCCAGGGAACCCAACAACUGCAAGAACCACAUGGAUCUGGACUGAGAACCCUUAAUUACUUUACAUUGCUAUUUAUUCUCAUUUUGGAUCUGAUGCUAUUGUGGUCCAAUCACAAGUUGUCACUGAGUUAACUAUUAGAUUAGGUCAUCGAAAACAUACAAUUAUCAUGUAGCCUUAGAGACAGAACAGAGCUGUGGCCUGUGGAUUUGUGUAUGUAAAUACAAUUAGAGGAUGAUUGGGCACUAACUCUUUUAUGAGUGCAAAGAACUUUAGAACAGACAUCCUCAUGAAACACAAGUUUUAGUGAAUUUUAAACAUAUGAGUCAGGGAGUUAUAAAACAUUCUUAAUGUUUACAAACUGUGAUUGAUGAUACUUUUUCCACAUUCAACUUCUUUAAAUCACAGUAUGUACAUUAGUUUUUAUUUUUAAUGUUACUCCUGCUUGUGCUCUACAUAUCUGUACAUUUAUACUAUUUCCAGGAUAUUUCUGGAAUAUUCUGUAACCAUAUUUGUAAAAUACACAAAACUGCACUUCUAAAAGCCUUCUUGAUGCCAUUUAAAUCAUCUUCUGUCUACAUUCAGACCUAAACUUGAAUUACGAAAAUGGCCAAAAAAGGUAAAUCUUGUUUGAAAAUAACUUUUCCUAGACAUUCAAAGCUGGAUUAAAGUGGAAGCCACAUAGUUUUAGUAAAUGGCACUGAAAACACUACUUGUGAUUGUGUGGACUUGGCAUAUUCACACAAUAUGCCAUUUACAAAAUCUAAUUGCGUUACAUGCAGCUCCAUUGAAAACCUUGGUUAAAGGAAUAAUCUGGGUUCAAUACAAGUUAAGAUCAAUUAACAGCACUAGUGGCUUAAUGUUAUCACAGAAUCCAACCAUCCAGUUCAUAUUUCAUAAAUGCUACGGUUUCAAAACUAUAGCCACAAGACAAACACACAUACCAACAUCCCUUGAUCCCUUACCGAGAUUAAAGGGUUUAUGGGCAUUACGUCACCAUGACAAAGUUGCUAGAUAAGAGAUAUGAAAAGCAAUUAUUACACUAAAUGUUAACAUGUUUGUCCAUGUUUUCUAAUUUGUUCUUGUUUUCAUACUUUAAUUUGUGCCUUACUAUAACCGCAAUUUUUAUUAAAUAAGGUACAAAACUUCAUGAUAAUCAAUUUUCCACAAAUGUCACUUAUUGACCUUAACUCAUAUUGAACCCAGAACUUUCCUGGUUAAAACACUUCAGCCACAAAAGCUUAUUUGCAUGGGAACACAUGAACUUGCCGCAGUUUGCAAGGGCUCUUUGUGUUAUAAGAAAUUUAAUCAAAUGUUCCACUUAGUUUGCAUAUUUAUACAGGCUUACACCACCCAUUGUCAAAUAAUGGAGAAAACAGACCAGUGAUUUUAUUCAUUUUAUUGACAGUACAACCAAAAGGUUGUAAGUGACAGGAAAUGCGAUAAGAAAAAGGAAAGUUUCGAAAAGGAAAAAACACAUAGAACACAAACAGAACAGUUAAUUUAAGCAAGUUCCUCUUCUCCCUCCUCCUCAAACUCUCCUUCCUCUUCAGCAGUGGCAUCCUGGUACUGCUGG